GUGACGUCAAAAAGGCGAGGUCAAGAAGGAGGAAAUGAAAUGCCUUCUCGUUAAGUUGAAGAAUAUUCAGUAUUAUUAACGUAAUUAUAUCAAGUCUAUAAUUAAUCAUUUGUAUAUGCUUUGGUGUUAAUACACGCAUUGCGAUUAUGCCAAGCGAAUCGACGGGACAGGACGUGCAGCAGAGCCCACUGGCGUUGCUGGCCCAGACGUGCAGCAAGAUUGGUAACGAGGAUGGGGCAGGUCAGGGAGGUCAAUCGGUGCGCGUUGUGUCAACUGCGCACGGAGACGUGAUAGCCCCGCAGUGGGUCCAGCUACCCGUGGACCCGAGCAAGCAGGGCCAGGCCCUGUCACAGGCCACUCUGGCAAUUUCUGGAGGCCAGGUAGUCCAGCCCCAGGGUCACUACCAGAUAGUCGCCCAGGCGGGCCCCAAUGGUACAAUAACGUACAACGCUGUGCCACAGUUCCAGAUUCUCAACAUGGACUCAUCACAGAUUCAGGGCAACAUGCAGUCUCAACAAUUGAACACCUCACAGCAUCAGACCAUGCAGACGGUUCCCAUCAUGACAUCAAAUGGUCAAAUAAUCCGGGCCCAGAUCCCGUCUGCUGCUGGAAUGGGAACCAGCAUUCUAGGUGGCAUGGGAAACCUGGUAAACAUCGGGGGAAACAUGAUCAACCUCAGCGCUCUUCAAAGCUUGAACGCGGUACGCCCUGGUGUGGACAUGCAGCAAAUGCAAAUCCAGGGUGGCACGUUUCAGCCGAUUCAGCAGAUGUCCAACAUUGUUCAGAUUCCCAUUUCCGCGAACGGGCAGACUACAUACAUGCCUGUUCAGGUGCAACCUUUUCAAACGCUGCAGGAUAUGUCACAGCUUGGCUUUUCCGCGUGCAAUACGGUCAAUAUGGCCAAUGGUGGGAUAAUCACUGGAGCGAUGCAGCAAGGCUCGGCCGUCUCCCAGCUUAUGGAGGCUGUAAACCAGAUCGCCAACUCGACACCGAAAGCCUCGACUAGUAACAACAAAUCAAAAGGCAGCAGCUCCCAAAAGUCUCAAAAUGCAGCAGUUCAGUUUUCUACUGCAAGUGGUUCAAUGGGAACAUCAACUGUUUCACAGCUACAGAACAUGUCAAUGCAAGGACAGACAAUUGCUGCAGCCGCGGCAGCAGCUAAUAUAAUCCCUCAAAUGCAGCUAAUUCCACUGGGAAACGGAAAUUACAUGCAAGCUUAUAUUCCGUCACAGUCUGUAAACUCACAGCAGAAUCAAAAUUUUAUAACAAUCAACGCCUUGUCACAGAAUUCCACGACGUCUGGCACCUCGACUACCACAACUACGGGGACUAUGUCUACACCGCAGCAACUUGCGACCGGCGGACAAAUCCUUCAAAGCAUCGGUGGCCAGACUUUUCAGGUUUUUCAGCAAGGGCCGAACGGCCAGAUAGUUGCGGCACCUAAUCAGCUGAUGAAUUUCGGCAACCUUAAGGCGUCAAAUCAGAUUCCGAUACAGAUUCAAGGCAUGCAGGGGAUCCAGACUUUACAAAACUUACAAGGCCUUCAAAAUUUACAGAACUUACAGACAAUACAAACAUUGGGUGGGCAGCAGAUACAGACCCAAAUGCCGCAGAUAUUUGGUACCAAUAUGCAAGGUCUGCAGGCUGUUACAAUUAACGCCCAGGGAAAUUUCACUGCUAUUCCAGUCAGUGGAAUUCCCCAGCAGUUGACCACAAUGAACUUGAACAGUCAGCAAACCUUACAGGGCUUGCAACAGGUUCAUCUUGGAUCUAACGGACUUGUAACAGCAAGUGGUCAGACCCUACAGCAAGACCCGUCUGACCCCACCAAGUGGCAGGUCGUCUCCAACACCCAGGGGACCACCACCCUCACCAUCCCCUCCCUGUCCCCUACCUCAGGUCAGAGCCCUGAGACGAAUGCCUCAGGGAAGCGAUUGCGGCGCGUGCCCUGCUCUUGUCCAAAUUGCGUCAGUGGGGAUGAUAAUAAGAAUGGCGAGAACAAGAAGAAGGUACACGUGUGCCACAUGGAGGGUUGCGGGAAGCAGUAUGGGAAGACUUCACACCUUCGAGCUCAUCUCAGGUGGCACACUGGGGAGCGUCCGUUUGUCUGUUCAUAUUUAUUUUGUGGAAAACGGUUUACCCGGUCGGAUGAGCUGCAAAGACACAAACGAACGCACACAGGAGAGAAGCGCUUUGAAUGCGAAGAAUGCGGAAAAAAGUUUAUGCGAUCUGAUCAUUUGUCAAAACACAAAAGGACACACCUUAAGGGCCAUCUUCAGAAAGGCGAAAAUGGUGACGACGAUGAUGCAAAAGCUGAAGAAGACGAAAGUAUGGAAGAGAUGAGCCCAAAUGAGCAUAUGAUGGAGAUAAAUUUGAACAGUGAGCUGCAUAUGGACGGGACCACAGUGGUGAUAAUGAAGAACAGUUCGUUUGAAAGUUCCAAAGGGGAUGACUCUGAUUAAUUGAUUAUCCAAAUUAAUAAUUAAUCGAUGAAAAACAUUGAUAAAUUGAUUA